AUGAUGGAAAGAAACCAAACCAUCCUCUCACAGUUCCUCCUGCUGGGUUUGCCCAUCCAGCCAGAGCAGCAACACGUGUUCUAUGCCCUGUUCCUUGCCAUGUAUCUUACCACCAUCCUGGGGAACCUCCUCAUCAUUGUCCUCGUUCAACUGGACUCCCAUCUCCACACGCCCAUGUAUUUUUUUCUCAGAAACUUGUCCUUCUCUGAUCUCUGCUUUUCCUCUGUCACAAUGCCCAAGUUGCUGAAGAACAUGCAGAGCCAAGUCCCAUCCAUUCCUUAUGCAGGCUGCCUGGCCCAAAUGUAUUUCUUCCUGUUUUUUGCAGAUCUGGAGAGCUUCCUGCUUGUGGCCAUGGCCUAUGACCGCUAUGUGGCCAUCUGCUCCCCACUGCAUUACAGCAGCAUCAUGAGCGCCAAGCUCUGUGUGUGCCUGGUGGGUCUGUCCUGGGUGUUGACCAUGUUCCAUGCUUUGUUACACACCCUGCUCACAGCAAGAUUGUCUUUCUGUGGGGACAAUGUGAUCCCCCACUUUUUCUGUGAUUUGUCUGCUCUGGUGAAGCUGGCAUGCUGUGACACUCAUAUUAAUGAGUUAGUGAUAUUUAUCAUGGGAGGGAUAGUUGUUAUCAUCCCAUUCCUACUCAUCAUUACAUCCUAUGCCCAGAUUUUUUCCUCCAUUCUCAAGGUCCCUUCUGCUCAGGGUAUCCGUAAGGCUUUCUCCACCUGUGGCUCUCACCUCUCUGUGGUGUCACUGUUCUAUGGGACAAUCAUCGGCCUCUACUUAUGUCCAUCAGCUAAUAAUUCUACUGUGAAGGAGACAGUCAUGGCUAUGAUGUACACAGUGGUGACUCCCAUGUUGAACCCCUUCAUCUACAGCCUGAGGAACAAGGACAUGAAGGGAGCCCUGGGAAGAGCUUUUCAUAAGAAGAAAAUGCUCUUCUGUUUUUCAUGA